CUCGUCAGCAUCUGUCAGAUAGGUGCUUGCAAAUCAACUUACACGACAUUGUAAACAAUCUUUGCUUGGGUCCGGAUAGGACUUUUCAGCAAAGCUUGUUAUCUGGUCGAAGUACUCCGCCAAUAAGAUCGCGAUUCCACCUUUCGGGCUCUUUGUCCAAAAACAACUUCCUCCAGGGUCCGGCAGUUGUCGAGAAGCACGGUUCCAUCAACACCCUCGCCAAGAGUUGAUUUGUUACGGAAACUAUGUUCCCUCGAAUCGACGUUCUCGAAUGUAAUGUGGUGGCCGCGGUUGCAGCCGCUGCCGGAGAGUGACCCGUCGAAAAGGCUAGCUCCGAUGGACUGGCUUCGUUUGAGCCGUUCAUUGGUUUCCGGGUUGAGAGACAAGAAUCGACAGGAGAACGAGCUGGCGCCGGGAAUAUCUGGGAAUGCUGCAGAGCCCGGCCACGAGGCGACCGUUUCGUAUUUGUGCCUUCCGUCGGAAUCGUUUUCUGGACAUCUGUCUGGCUGAACAUAGCGCUUUUCUACCGGGACGCCAGUAACAACUCUCGGAGGCUGUCUUCAACGAAAUCUUCUCGAUCAGGUCGACGAGUGCCUGGACGUCGAGACGUCCUUUAAGUACGUGUUCAUGACCGCAAUCGUGGUGCUGCUGCUCGUCCUUGGCCAGCAGCUCCUCGGUUCAUAUGGCAAGCGCAAGCGAUCGUCGGCAGUGCGCAAGACCGUCAAAGCCGAAACCACUAACCCAGGGACUACGAGUGGAUCCCCGCGAAGACGCUCAAGAAGGUUCAAAACUCCCUCAAGGUCGCAAAGUGUUCCCAAAGAAAAGCUAUCUGCAGCGAAACGGGCCGUCGGAGACGGCUAAAUCGCGAUACUCGCGCGUAACUCAUCCAUCGCGAGGUUGGUGGCCGAUCAACCACUCGGAUCUGGAUCUCGAUAGUGCGGCGGCUUACCGGAUGCUGGAAGACGCGAUCGAGUUUGUAUCGCAGAUUUUGACGACCGGUAACCUGGGCGUAGAGCCGCAUUGUACGGUUUUGGAUCAGAGGCGGUUGCACAUCGUGAGGACAUUGUGACCAAUGGGAACAAUCAUCAAGACGUGUUGAGAAAUGUUUCUGAGGAGAAGCCACUGCGAAGUCUGCGAGCCAAAAUCCUCACUGGCCACACACAGUCAACUGCCCAGCUGGGUCACCUCUGUCGGCGGAACAUUAAAGUUUUAUCUGUAUGGAAAGGAAGUCACCUAAUUGUGGAAUUGUAAUAAGUACAACGAAAAAAAAAGUAAAGCAUUUGUGGUAAAAUGAUACUAAGUUGAAUA